UUUAUCUCGAAUUAAAAACUAAACUGUGUCACUUUGAUCACAGUUUGCUCUUGAAUAAACUUAACGAAUAAAUACAAUGUUACUUCAUGAGUGACAGAGAACUGUUGUAGACCAACUGGCCCCUCGUCGCCGCCCCCCGCCCUCCCUUCGGUUAGCAUGCUAAGCUAACGCUUCACACUCUCGCCGGCUCCUUCGACUCUGUGGAGCCGCAAGAACUCGGACCCAAACUCUGCGUCGUUGCCAUCCGAUACCCACUCGGUUCACAAUAGACUGGUCUCGGUUAUCUUUAGACCUUAUAUCGGUACCGAUCCGCAGCAGCCCGCGGCUCCCCUAGACCCCUUUUCGACUCAGACCCGUCUCUCUGCGGACAUCACCUCAGCCAGAUCCUCUCACCAGAACCGGUGGUUCUGAUUCAGCAGCAACUGAAAAUGAUCAAGCUAUUUUCCCUAAAGCAGCAGAAAAAAGACGAAGAAUCUGCGGGAGGAAACAGAACCGGAGCCGGGGGGAAGAAAGCCAGCGCGGCCCAGCUCCGAAUACAGAAAGACAUAAAUGAGUUAAAUUUGACAAAAACGUGUGAAAUCAACUUCCCUGAUGACGACGAUCUACUCAAUUUCAGAAUCAUCAUCUCUCCAGACGAGGGCAUCUACAAAGGAGGACGCUUUGUCUUCAGCUUCAAGGUAGGACAGGGUUACCCCCACGACCCCCCCAAAGUCAAGUGUGAGACGAUGGUCUAUCACCCCAACAUUGACCUGGAGGGGAACGUUUGCCUCAACAUUUUAAGGGAAGACUGGAAACCAGUUCUGACCAUCAACUCUGUCAUUUAUGGACUUCACUAUUUAUUUCUGGAGCCGAACCCAGAAGACCCGCUCAACAAGGAGGCGGCUGAAGUUCUACAGAACAACCGACGGCUGUUUGAGCAGAACGUGCACCGCUCGCUGCGUGGCGGUUAUGUUGGCUCCACCUACUUCGAGAGGUGUCUGAAAUAACUGGCAUCUUGCUGCCCCCCUCCUCCUUCCUCAUGAGAUCCCACUCCUUCCCUGUCUGACCCCCUCAGUCCCGCUGCCCAACACACCCAACCCCCUUUAAUCCCGCCACUUCCCUUCUACUUUUUGAUCCUGGUCAACCGGCAGCGGAGGAUGCAGGAGUUCAACUGGACUUCAUGAGUGGGCCCGGGGCUGGGCGGGCGCCGAGGAGCGGCCGUGGGGGCUUCGCUACCACUGUCGGCGACAUAUUUUAAGUUCUUUUAUUGUUUAGUUUUUGAGUGAGGAAGAAGCCUGCAGCAGUCAUGUGAUCAGAGGACAUGGCCCCCUCGCUGCACCGUCUAGUGCAGCAGACUCUAAGCUUGGUCCGGUUCCGUCUCCAUGACAAUGGGACUGAUCUGGCCUCCCCCAGAAGGAGGGACCUGUUUCAGGUCACCUUAUUACAUUUGGGUUCACAGUGUUGCUGCUGACACACACACACACGCAGACGCAGGAUGCAGCAGCUUCAGUGUUGUGAUGGAGU